CAAUUGUGUUACGUCAUCACCGACCCUCACAUCUUUGUCAGUGAACAAAAUGGCAACUUACUGUCUCACGGUCGCUCGGCUCCAGCUGGCCCUGGGCCAUGGUGCACGGCGCCUGCACAUCUCCACAGCGUACAGAGCGAAGGCCAAAGUGUCCAUGAGCCGCUUUGAGCCCACUUCCUUCAUCAGCUACGAGAAGCUCCAGUCCAACAUUGACAUUGUGCGAAAAAGACUCAACCGUCCCCUCACCCUGUCAGAGAAGAUUGUGUACGGUCACCUCGAUGACCCCCACAACCAGGAGAUCGAUCGCGGCCGCACCUACCUGCGCCUGCGUCCUGACCGCGUGGCCAUGCAGGAUGCUACUGCUCAGAUGGCGAUGCUCCAGUUCAUCAGCAGCGGGCUGCCAAAAGUGGCUGUGCCUUCCACCAUCCACUGCGAUCACUUGAUUGAGGCUCAGGUUGGAGGACUUGAGGAUUUAGCCAGAGCAAAGGACGUGAAUCACGAGGUUUACAACUUCCUGUCCAGUGCUGGGGCAAAAUAUGGCGUUGGCUUCUGGAAACCUGGCUCUGGAAUUAUCCAUCAGAUCAUCCUAGAGAACUAUGCCUAUCCAGGAGUAAUGCUUAUUGGCACAGAUUCCCACACGCCAAACGGUGGUGGGCUUGGUAGCAUCUGCAUUGGAGUGGGUGGAGCUGACGCCGUAGAUGUCAUGGCGGGAAUCCCCUGGGAGCUCAAGUGUCCCAACGUGAUUGGCGUGAAGCUGACAGGCACCCUGUCCGGCUGGACGUCUCCUAAGGAUGUCAUCUUGAAGGUGGCCGGCAUCCUGACUGUAAAGGGAGGCACUGGAGCAAUCAUAGAGUACCAUGGACCAGGAGUCGACUCCAUUUCCUGCACGGGAAUGGCCACUAUUUGCAACAUGGGAGCAGAAAUCGGGGCAACAACCUCCGUGUUUCCUUACAAUCACCGCAUGAGGACCUACCUGAAGAAGACUGGACGUGCAGAGAUCGCCGCUGUGGCUGAUGAAUACUCGGAUUUGUUGGUACCGGAUCAAGGCUGCGAGUAUGACCAGAUCAUCGAGCUCAAUCUGGACGAGCUGAAGCCCCACAUUAAUGGACCGUUCACUCCUGACCUGGCUCACCCAGUGUCUGAAGUCGGUGCUGCGGCUCAAAAGAACGGCUGGCCGCUUGAGGUGAAAGUUGGUCUGAUCGGCAGCUGCACUAACUCCAGCUACGAGGACAUGGGUCGCGCCGCCUCUGUGGCCAAACAGGCUUUGGAUAAAGGCCUGAAGUGUAAAGCACAGUUCACAGUCACCCCCGGCUCAGAGCAGAUUCGUGCCACCAUUGAGAGAGAUGGAUAUUCAAAGAUCCUUGGAGAUGUUGGAGGUGUGGUCCUUGCAAAUGCAUGCGGACCCUGCAUUGGACAGUGGGACAGGCGCGAUGUGAAAAAGGGAGAGAAGAACACCAUCGUCACCUCCUACAACAGAAACUUCACUGCCAGGAACGACGCUAACCCCGCAACGCACGCGUUUGUUACCUCCCCCGAGAUCGUUACUGCUCUUGCAAUCGCUGGCACAUUAAACUUCAACCCUGAGACAGAUUACCUUACAACCCCAAGCGGGGAGAAGUUCAAACUGGAGCCCCCAAAUGGAGAUGAACUCCCAUCCAGGGACUUUGACCCUGGCCAGGACACCUACCAGCACCCUCCUGCUGAUGGCAGCAGCCUCAAGGUGGACGUCAACCCUCAGAGCAACCGCCUGCAGCUGUUGGAGCCCUUUGACAAGUGGCACAGAAACGAUCUGGAGAACAUGCAGGUCCUCAUCAAGGUGAAGGGAAAAUGCACCACAGACCACAUCAGCGCCGCAGGACCUUGGCUGAAGUUCCGCGGUCACCUCGAUAACAUUUCCAACAACAUGCUGAUCGGUGCGGUCAACAGCGAGAACGAUGCUGUCAACAAGAUCAAGAAUCACCUGACAGGAGAGUAUGGAGGAGUCCCUGACGUGGCCCGUCACUACAAGGCCAACGGCAUUUCCUGGGUUGUGGUUGGUGACGACAACUACGGUGAGGGCUCGAGCCGAGAGCAUGCUGCACUGGAGCCCAGGCAUCUGGGAGGGAGAGCUAUAAUUGUCAAGAGCUUCGCCAGAAUCCACGAAACAAAUCUCAAGAAGCAGGGCCUGCUCCCCCUGACCUUCAACAACCCAUCAGACUAUGACAAGAUCCGCCCCGACGACAAGAUCUCCAUCAGAGGACUUAAAAGCUUCGCUCCAGGAAAGCCUCUGACCGCAGUCUUAAAACACAGCGACGGCACUGAGGAGACCCUGCAGCUCAACCACAGCUUCAACGAGACACAGAUCCAAUGGUUCCAGGCGGGCUCCGCCCUCAACAGGAUGAAGGAGAUGCAGCACUGAGAAUGAGGAAGAUGAUUGUCAGAGGGGGGGGAACCGUGGUGAAGAUUGUGAAGAAUAAGGAGGAUAAAGUAUAAUGAUUAUUUCAUCGUCAGCAUUAUCUUACAGUUCUGGCUGAUUUAAUGUGUCUGUAUGCCUGUAAGAGUUAAACGUAGAGCCAAGUGUGAAGCUAAUGUUCACCGUGGAACAGUUUGCUCCGAUGUUAAAAUUUAAUUCAUCAGUACAGAGUUAUUGUAAGCAGCCAUGUUUCAGUGAAUCAUUGAUAACCGGUUAGAGAUUCUGUUAUAACAAAAAAACGAGGGACACACUCGCACACUUUGACACACUAAUCAGUGACAUAAUACCCUGCAAGCUGAUGCUCUGCUAGUGCGUUUGCAGUGUAGAGGGCAAUCACCUUAUUGCUUUAGGAUUGUGUUGACCUCUGCAUGGCAAUGUUUGGCUUCAUCCAAAUUGUCCCAGUGUCAUUCCAAAGUUCACCCUAAACAGCUAAAAGCUGCCGUGCAUUGCAUGUCUAAGCCCAUUUAGUCCAUUUAGUGACGGUCAAAAUCCAAAUGUUGUUAAGCCAUAUUGCACGUAUUUAUUCCCCCUGAAGUUUAGCUCGUCUGCCCCCUGGUGGCCACGAGGAUGUGGUUUGCUGCGUAGCAGGUCUAGCAUCUUCAUAUAAAUGCCCACUUUAACACCAAGUUUGACAUCUUUUCCUUUAUCUUGGAAUUUGAUCUAGGGCAUUCUGGGAAACUUAGCUUAGCUGCAACAUGUGGGACGCACUGAACAUCAAAUUACUGUGUAUCUAACUGUGAGAGGGGGUCCUCUGUCUGGUUGUACUUCAUUACAGUACAUAUUCAUUUUAAGACCCAAAAGACGGUGUUACAUUUCAUGCUGUAUUUAAAAACAAACAAACAAACAAAAACAACAAACCACAUGCUUUAAUGCUGCUCUUGGAUACAGUGACUGGCACUCUUUUUUUUCUUUCCUUGCUAAUAUCACAACCACUAUCCCUAAACUGUUCCCAGUCAGUCCUUGUGUCUUUACAAGAUCAAGCACUUCAGCCGACCCACUCCCAGUUAUUUAUGUGUUACUUAUUUAUUUUUUUUCUGCAGACUUACCUGCACCUCCAUAAAAGCACAGGGUUAACUUGGACCUCUUCAAACCUAUAUCGUCAGGUUUUUGGUUUAAUUUUGUUUUGUUUUUUUGGAGGGCUUUGAUUUGCUGCUUUUUUUUUUUUUUUUUUUUUUUACUCCACCAAUAAAUACGAUGGCAUUGUUGGGGAAAUGCUUAAAAUAAUUGUGACCAGAGUUUUAGAAAACAUGUUAAUGAGGACACUCAUAAGAAACCCAGACCAGUGAUCUGUGAGGGUGUCAGUUUAAUUAAAGGUCCCUCUGAAACCUUCACAUGACAGAGUCUAAUGCUUUUGCAAACUUCCUGGUACCCGAUGAAGCUCACAUCAGGUGAAGGAUUUAACCCCCUCCCGAUUCUAAACCAGUGUAUGUCAAAUGUCCGCUUUAGUGUGCUUUCUGUGUUCUCUUCCUCACAAAUGAUCUUUUCUGUAUAAUAGAAAGGCAGUGGGUUGUACAAACAAUAAAAAUUCACAGAUCUCACUUAUUUGCCUGUGUUCUAGUGAUGUGACUUCAUAUGAGCUGAUUUCUUCUUUUCUCCCUCUUAAUAAAUGUUUUAAAAAAACAUCCUCACAAUAUAUUUCACACAUUUGGAAAUAAACAGUAGCCUACA